CGGCAGAUCCGCACCGGAGCCAUCUUUGCGCCGCCGCCGCCGCCGCCUCCCGCUCUGAUUCCCGUGGAAAAUCCACCGCCGCGUCUUGGCUGCGCCUCGGCGGCCGCGCUCCGCUCCGCUCUGCACUGCGGGGCCGCCGCCACUCGCAUGCUGCCUCCCGCCGCGCACCCACGCGCGGGGCGCCGGCCCUCGCGGAGCCGAGCCCAACCGAACCGGGACGAACCGAACCGGGCCGAGCCGUGCCCAGCCCCGCAGCUCCGGGCCGUCGGGGGACCGCCCGGCACCGGUCGCGGGAUGUAGGCGGAGGAGAGGGAACUUUCGCCCCAGGACGUGCUGCUGGAGGGGACGCCGGGCUGUAAGGACAUGAGGACGUGAGGACAGCAUCCCUCUGAGCGCUGGGCGGUGAGCCCGCAGGGAAAGCCCUGCAGGAUGCCGAGGCUACGGGGCAGGUGCUGACACCAUGAAGGGCUACCAUGGGGAGCGUAGCCAGGCACAGCACUCCUCCGGCCACCGCUGCCGCUGCAUCCCAGAGGACUGCGAGCAUCCCACCGACUACAUCCCCCACGGCCCCGACGGCCGCCCGCCUUACCUCCUCAGCCCCAGCGAGCCGUGUUCCCUGGAGCAUCCCUUCUGCCCAGUGCGGAGCCCCAGUGCAGCCGGUGAGUGCGGUCCCCUGAGCGAUCCACCCUCCGGCAGCACCAGCAGCACCUUCCCGAGGAUGCACCACGGACAACAGCAGCAGCAGCAGCAGCAGCAGCCCUACGACUCCUGCGACGAAUGCAUGGCGACCGCCCACCCCUCCAGCAAGAUCAACCGUCUGCCCCCAACGCUGCUGGACCAGUUCGAGAAGCAGCUGCCGCUGCACCACGACGGCUUCCAUACGCUGCAGUACCCGCGGGCCGGCGGCGCUGAGCCGCGCAGUGAGAGCCCCAGCCGCAUCCGCCACCUCGUCCACUCCGUGCAGAAGCUCUUUGCCAAGUCGCACUCCCUGGAGGCGCCCGCCAAGCGGGAUUAUAACGGCACCAAGAUGGACGGCCGCGGGGACGGCUACCACCACCACCACCACCACCAUCACCACCACCACCACCACCAGUCCCGUCACGGCAAGCGCAGCAAGAGCAAGGAUCGCAAGGUGGAUUCCCGGCACCGGACCAAGGUGAUGGGCUGGUGGAGCUCCGAUGACAACCUGGACAGCGACAGCAGCUAUAUGGUGUCCGGCCGGCACGCCGUGGACCAGGGCACCCAGUACUGCGUGGACGCUCCCGAAAGUGCCUUCAGAGACUUGACUUUGAAGAGUCUAAAGAGCGGCGGGGAAGGGAAAUGCCUGGCGUGUGCCGGGAUGUCUAUGUCUCUGGAUGGACAGACGGUCAAGAGGAGUGCCUGGCACACCAUGACCGUCAGCCAAGCCCGCGAAGCCUACCCCAGCGCCAGCGGCACGGAGAAAACCUUGAUGCUUCAGGAGACAAAGGCCAAAGACAGAGCCUACCAGUACCUGCAGGUGCCGCAGGACGAAUGGAGUGGGUACCCGGCGGUGGGCAAGGAUGGGGAGAUCCCCUGCCGGAGGAUGCGCAGUGGCAGCUACAUCAAGGCCAUGGGGGAUGAGGACAGCGCCGACUCGGAUGCCAGCGCCAAAGUGUCACCCCGGGCGGCCACAAGGAGAGACAGCUACCGCCGCUCCUCCAGCGCCGACCAGGCCAGGAGCAAGUUUGCAAGUAGGCACUAUUCUGAUUCAUAUAUCUGUAACUGUCCCAGCUGCGGUGUGCCACCUCGAAUGCUCCCUCGGGGGCAGGGCUACGGACGCUCCUUCACCACUGGCCAGAUCAAUGACGAGCUCAACCACCAAUUUGAGGCUGUCUGUGAGUCUGUUUUUGGUGAGGUGGAGUCGCAAGCCGUGGAGGCUCUGGACCUGCCCGGCUGCUUCCGCAUGCGGAGCCACAGUUACCUGCGGGCCAUCCAGGCGGGUUGCUCCCAGGACGACGACUGCCUCUCGCUCUUCUCCAUGUCAGCCCCUGCCGGGCCACCCAUCACCAGCAGCAUCCUGAAGCCUGGCACCUCCUUCAGUUACAGAAAAGCUCCACCUCCCAUCCCUCCAGGAACCAAAGCCAAGCCCCUCAUCUCCGUCACCGCACAGAGCAGCACCGAAUCUGCUCACGAGAGCUACCUGCCCAGCGAGGUCACCCGUGGCCCCGCCUGGUCCAAAGAUGCUGCGGCCCGCUGCAAUUCGGCAGAGAGCCUGGAGAGCUCCAAGGUGACGACCGUGUCCCUUGAACUGCCACCCGUGCAGCCCCGCACUGCCCCCAAACCCUCCACGCUCAUCAUCAAGGCCAUCCCUGGGCGGGAGGAGCUGCGGAGCUUGGCUCGACAGAGGAAGUGGCGACCAUCCAUUGGUGUGCAGGUUGAGGCUGUCUCUGAUUCGGACACGGAAAGUCGGAGCCAGAGGGAGUUCCACUCCAUCGGAGUGCAGGUGGAGGAAGACAAAAGGCGUGCCCGUUUCAAGCGCUCCAACAGCGUGACGGCGGGUGUGCAGGCAGACCUGGAGCUGGAGGGCUUCGCAGGGCUGGCCGUGGCCACUGAGGACAAAGCUCUGCAGUUUGGCCGUCCCUUCCAGCGACACUCCUCGGAGCCCGAAUCCGGCCGGCAAUACGCCGUGUACAAAACAGUGCACACACAGGGUCAGUGGGCUUACAGGGAGGACUACCAGAUGCAGUACGAUGCGGUGGAGGUGCCGCGCCGUGAUGCCUGGGUGGAGAGGGGCUCCCGCAGCCUGCCUGACUCCGGCCGUGCCUCCCCUUGCCACCGUGAUGGGGAAUGGUUCAUCAAACUGCUGCAGGCCGAGGUGGAGAAGAUGGAGGGCUGGUGCCAGCAGAUGGAGAGGGAGGCUGAGGACUACGACCUGCCGGAGGAGAUCCUGGAGAAGAUCCGCAGCGCUGUGGGCAGUGCUCAGCUCCUCAUGUCCCAGAAGGUGCAGCAGUUUUACCGACUCUGCCAGCAGAACAUGGAUCCCAAUGCAUUUCCAGUGCCCACCUUCCAAGACCUGGCCGGCUUCUGGGACCUGCUGCAGCUCUCCAUUGAGGAUGUCAGCAUGAAGUUUGCGGAGCUCCAGCAGCUCAAGGCCAAUGGGUGGAAGAUCAUUGAGCCCAAGGAGGAGAAGAAGGUGCCUCCCCCGAUACCAAAGAAGCCGCCUCGCUCCAAGGUGCACCCGGUGAAGGAGCGCUCCCUGGACUCGGUGGACCGGCAGCGGCAGGAGGCACGAAAACGGCUCCUGGCAGCCAAACGAGCCGCCUCCUUCCGUCAGAACUCGGCCACUGAGAGCGCAGACAGCAUCGAGAUCUACAUCCCCGAGGCUCAGACCCGGCUGUGACCGCGGCCUCGGCUUUUCUACCCGGACUGGACGGCGCGUCCAUCGCUCACUGUGAUCAGGGGCCGUGGGGACACCCUGGGGGGCAGCGCUUGGCCCACUCACAGCUUCUCUCUUUUCUAUCGUAGACGUUUCAUGGAUCCGACGGUGAAUGAGCACCAACCCGGUUCUGCCCCAUCCCGUUGCCCCCCUGCUCGCAUGCCCCUGCCCGUCUCUCCCAGGGUCCAGGGCUCUUCCUUCCCCCUGCCCUCUUUGGGGCCGUGUCUCAGCUCUUCUAUUCCUUGACCCCCCCCCUCCUUGGUCCCCAUCCCAUCCAAAGGAGAGGUGACCCCAGCCCCCGGCCCUGCCGGGUGGGAGGGGAUGGGGCCGCAGGCAGGCCCCCCCCACCUCUCUGUAACUCAGUGCAAUCCCAUGGCUGUGGGGACGGACCCCUGAGCCCCCAGCCCCAUGCCCAGCUGGAGCCCCGCUCCGCUCCCUGCCUCCUGCCCCGGUGCUGUGGGGAACCCAGGAGUCCUCGACCUAUAUCCAUAUAUAAAUAUUACCUAAGGAAUAAAACAGAAACUGCACACGACCAGAGCUGUGUUCUGGAGGGCGGGUUGGACCAGAGCAGCAGGUCCUCUGGCCCCAGUGAGCUGAACCCGCAUCUCUCACACUGAGCAGCAGCACUGUGCUCUCCAAGCCCUUCCUGCCCCUUUUCCCAGUCAGUUGCAUGGGAACACUAUGGGGACAGGGCAGUCAGUUCCCUUGUAUCUUGCAGUUUGGAUACAGGUGUGCGAGCAAGGCAGCAGUGCUGGGGAGACCUUCCUAUGCUUAUGCAGGACCUUGGUGCAGGGACGGAGCAGGUAUGGUGCUGUCCCCCUGCACAUGGGGACAGGGCUGUAGGUGUGGGGAAGGAGCCUCCCUUCUCCCUGAGCUGACAGUGCCCUGCAAGGAUGGGAUACCACGGAUGGGGUUGUCGAGCCCUCAGUGCCCCAUGGGGACAGGGAACAGCCUAGGAUGCAGCGUUUAUGCUACAGGAAUUCUUUGAAGCCAUGAAUUCCUUGAUGGCAGCUUCCAUAGGGGAUCUGGAGAUGAGGCUGCAUCCAUCCCAUCCCCAUCCUGAGCACAGCCCAUACAGGGCAGGUACACAGCGCAUCCAUGCUGCUGGCCCUUGGUGAGGGGCUGCCACGGGGAGCAGCCUCAGCUGCCUGCUCCCACCGCCCCCCAUACCCAGGGAACAUCUGCCUGCACUGUGACCCCUCCAAGGGCUGCCCUUCCCAACUCCCUUUCUCCCCAUGGGUGGGUGGCAGGUGGAGUGGAUGCCAGUGCCUCAAGUUCCUAUAGGUGCCAGG